AUGACGACAGCAGUGUCCUUAAGGACCAGGCCCCAGGAAUCAGUGACUUUUGAGGACGUGGCUGUGUACUUCACAGAGGAGGAAAGGGCCUGGCUGGUACCUGGUCAGAGAGCCUUAUACAGGGAUGUGAUGCUGGAGAACUGCGGGGCUGUGUCCUCAGCAGCAUCCUCCACUUCCAAACCAGCUCUGAUCUGUCAGCUGGAACAAGGGAAAGAGCCAUGUUUCACCGAGCCACAGGGAGACCUGAGCAGGAGAGCAGGCCCUGAAAGAUACAUGUCAAAAAUGAGAAGCUGUAUCUACUUAGCUAAGGUAAUAUCAGAUGCAAUAAAAUUAAGAAUUCUUCAAAAUCAUCACUUUUGGGAAGACAGGACAAAGGCUUAA